AUGAAUUGGAUUCGUGGUGACUGGUUAGGCAGUGGAAGCUUCGCCACUGUCGACUUAGCCAAACACAUUAAACCCUCCGUUAACAUUCCCUCUCUCACCGCCGUUAAAUCAUGCGAACUUUCCUGCUCUUUUACUCUCCAACACGAGAAAACUAUAUUGGAAAGUUUAGGAUCAUGUCCAUACAUUAUCAAAUAUUUUGGUCAGGAUCAAACUCUUGAAAAUGGGGAAGAGUAUUAUAAUAUUUUUCUAGAAUAUGCAAAUGGCGGAACACUCGAUGAUCAGCUCAAGAAUCAUGGCGGUAAGCUCCCAGAAAAACAUGUUCGUCGUUAUACAAGGUCCGUGGUUGAAGGACUAAAGUAUAUUCAUGAAAAUGGUUUUGUUCAUUGUGACUUGAAACCACCAAACAUUCUCGUAUUCGAGAAUGGCGACGUUAAGAUAUCAGAUUUCGGUCUUGCAAAAGAAAUGAGAGUGGAAGAAGAUAAGAAGAUGCGAUGCAAAGGAACUCCAAUGUUUAUGUCUCCGGAAUCGGUGAUGGACGGUGUGUAUGAUUCUCCGGUAGAUAUAUGGGCUCUCGGUUGCACGGUCGUGGAGAUUCUUACCGGAAAACCCGCAUGGAACAUGGGUUACGACACGAACAUGAUGAAGUUGUUGGUUCGAAUUGGGGUUAGUGAAGAAGUACCAUUGAUUCCAGAUGAAAUAUCAGAAGAAGCAAAAGAUUUUCUUAAGAAAUGUUUUGUUAGGGAUCCACUGAAAAGAUGGAGCGCUGAGAUGCUUUUGAAACAUCCUUUUAUCUCGGAUGAUGGAACAGUUUCUUCCAUUAAGGAGUCAACAUUUUCACCAGCUUCUCCAAUUACUCAUUUUGAGUAUUCAAACUGGAGUUCUUCUACCAUUACAACAUUGCCUUACAACUCGAGUGAAAUGGAAGGUGAUGCCAAACUAUUAGAUUGUUUGCAGGAAAAGAGGCUUAAUCUUAGACAACUAAUCACCACUGUCGAAAAAUCGUUAAAUUUGUUAGAAUAUGAUAAUUGGUGUUUUGGUGAUCAAAUUAGAAUUUUAAUGAGUCAUUGA